CGCCGGGAGAGCGGCCAGCUGGGACCGUAAAAGGCCGGAGCGCGCGGGGAGGUGUGGCUUUGCGUUCGUGACCCGAGCCCAGGUCCCUGUGGCCGUCGUGCCCUGAGCUGCGGCCUCUCCGCCAUGGGCGCCGUGUGGUCCGCCCUGCUGGUCGGAGGAGGUCUGGCUGGGGCGCUGCUGAUCUGGCUGCUGCGGGACAAGGGGAGGAAGGGGGACGCGGAGAAGGAGGAGGACGCCGCUCUGGGAGGCGAUCGGAGUGGCGGCAGCGGACUAAGCCCGGGACCUUCCCGGCGGGAGCCGAUCACCAAACCAGAGCUUCUUCAAGAAAGCAAUGGGUGUUUGGUGUCAGAGACCAAAGGCCCCGGCAGCGGGCAGGAAGCAGCGUGGAGACGGCAGAGUUCCCCUGGAGAGCAUGCUCCUUUUGGAUGGCUUCCAGACACACAAUCUCUAUCCGCAUCUGCGACCGGAGGCUAUGUAGAAGCGUCAGGCAAUGAAAGUCGCGAAUCCCGUACAGGAGAAUGGGGAUUCCAAAAAGGACAAGAGCUACCUGCUAACGCAGCUCCAUGUUUCGCAGAGACAUUGCUUUCUAGCAGCCUGCUCGUGGACAGCGGUGAAGACGGCGCGGGCCUCGCCCAGCUGGACAGACAGGACUCGGAGGACUGGGAGAUGGUGUCCAGGCACUCGUCCUGGGGAGAUAUCGGUUUGGGGGGCAGUGUGGAGGCUCCCACGUUAAGCCCGAGCCAGGGGUCGAACUCUGGCAGAAACCCUCUUGCAGAAGCGAGUGGCCAGGAAGUGGUGGUUAAGACCAGACGGCCGGUAGUGAUGACUUCAGAGCCCCCGCAAGUCAGUGUCAGGUUCCAGGUCCAUUACAUCACGAGCACGAGGGUGCAGUUCGUGGCGGUCACUGGGGACCACGAGAGGCUGGGGAGGUGGAUCUCUUACCUCCCCCUGCAGUACAGCUCGGGGGGGCUCUGGUCCCGCUCCGUCGCCCUCCCGGCACAGACGGUGGUGCAGUGGAAGUUUGUGGUGGUGGAGAACGGGGAGAUCACUCGCUGGGAAGAGUGCAGCAAUAGGCGGCUGGAGAUCGGCCGUGAGGACGCCUUGGUUCACAAGUGCUGGGGGAUUCACUGAGGCGGCUCGCAGGGCGAUGAGCGAACGGUUGCAGGAUGUGGAGGGGGCUCAGGUUGUGGAGCACACUGGAUAAUUGGAAAUAAAGGAAGUGUGAACUCCACGUGUUAGCCGAGUGGUUUCAGAUUUGCUAGUGGCUUUUGUUUCAUGUGCAGAAAUGCGUACGUGGCUAAUGCUUCCAGGGAGUGUGGGCUUUUUCUGAGGCCGUGGUGGGUGGGUUAUGCUGACCCAUCCGUACUUCAGGGCGUGGUCCUCUUGGGGAGUGGCUUGGCUGAGCGUGGCCAGAAAGCACAAAAGCUAACCAGCUGCCCAGGGUUCAAGGUGGAGCCUUUAGGUGAUCCUUAAACCAAGGGGGGAGGGGGGGCAUGAAACAAGUCGAUGUCCUCGUGGUGCAGCUGGAAAAGCGUGCUCUUUACUAAUGUAGUAUGUGCACACUUUAUGUUUAAAAAUAGUCACCACCAUAUGGAACUGUGAGCAGAAAACAUCAGGUCACUGGGUGUGACUAGGAAGGUUAUGAGAUUUCCCAGUGUUUUUGGCUUGGUUUUACCUGCCUGGUAUGGUGGGAACGUAGCAAGCACGUCUUUGUCGUGUGGUCGAAGGCUAGUUAGAAACAAGGGCCGAAGCAGAGCCCAUCAUCAGGAGUGGCCCAGGAGGAGAGGGAACAGAAAUGGGGUUGAGGUGUGGGCUGAGCCAGGCCUGAAUGGUAGGUCUGGGAGGUACGGGCAGGCGCACCUGACGGCAGGAGGGACACACCCAUCGUUUCCUCCUGGGCUGUUGUGGAAUCAGCGGUGCCCACUGCGAGGACCACAGCAAUGCUUUCACCUCCUCCCCUCUCCUUUACCAGUGUAGCAGGCCAAUGAGAGAGAAGUGUGUCUUUGCUCUGAGAAGAAAUAAACAUCAAACCUUGCUAUUAUAACCCAAAAAAAUAAAACCAGAGUUUUAAUAUAUU